AUGAAAGCUCUUAUAUUAGUUGGUGGUUAUGGUACUCGUUUGCGACCACUGACCCUGACGCAACCAAAACCCCUUGUUGAAUUUGCAAAUAAACCGAUGAUGUUGCAUCAGAUACAAGCGUUAGUAAAUGCAGGUGUUGAUACGGUAAUCCUUGCAGUCAGUUAUCGUGCUGAGCUGUUGGAAAAAGAAAUGGCUGAGCAAGCCACUCAACUAGGUAUCAAGGUUCAUUUUUCGGUGGAAGAAGUACCAUUAGGCACAGCAGGACCAUUAGCGUUAGCAAAAGAUCUGUUACUUGAUGAUGGUGAACCGUUUUUUGUGCUCAAUUCUGAUGUGAUCUGCGACUUUCCAUUUCGUCAAAUGAUUGAAUUCCAUAAGAAACACAAUCGUGAAGGAACAAUCGCUGUCACUAAGGUUGAAGAGCCGAGUAAGUAUGGUGUUUGUGUGUUCGAUGAAAAGACUGGCAAAAUUGACAGUUUCGUAGAGAAGCCUCAAGAAUAUGUUGGCAAUAAGAUCAAUGCUGGAAUGUACAUCUUGUCGCCAUCCGUACUCGAUCGUAUUCCACUGAGUCCAACUUCAAUCGAAAAAGAAAUCUUUCCAGUAAUGGCAAAAGCUGGAGAAUUGUAUGCAUAUGUGCUGCCAGGUUUUUGGAUGGACGUUGGUCAACCAAAAGAUUUCCUUACAGGAAUGCGCUUAUACCUGAAACAUAUCCGUGAACGAGAUGCUUCGAUGUUGGCUGUCGGUGAUAAUAUUCAGGGUAAUGUGAUGGUUGAUGAGACUGCCAUUAUUGGUCGUGAUUGUCGUAUUGGUCCGAAUGUGGUCAUUGGUCCUCGGGUACGCAUUGAGAAUGGUGUAUGUCUGCGUCAUUGCACUAUUCUUUCGGAUAGUAUCAUACGCACGCAUUCCUGGAUCAAUAGCUGUAUUAUUGGUAGGAAGUGUAGUAUAGGUCGUUGGGUGCGCAUAGAGAAUACGAGUGUGAUUGGCGAUGACGUUGUCAUAAAUGAUGAAUUAUAUCUGAAUGGUGCUCGUGUUUUACCACAUAAAGCUAUCUCUGGGAAUGUUCCUGAACCGGAUAUUAUUAUGUGA